CUGCGCAAACCACAAAUGCCUGUUCGUAGGAAUGUCUCCUAGCCCCUGUGCAGCUUAAUGCUAAUACAGUUCUUCAACGGUGAAGUAGCAAAGAGAGAGGGAGGUUUUGUGGAUGGCCGACGAGGGUAAGCGGGGGUCGAACGCUUCGCAGUAUGACAACGUUCCUGGUGCUGAUCUGGAGAAUGACAAUUCCGCGGAUGAGGUACUCGAGAGGACCCUUCCACAAAGUCUCAGAAAUGCAGCGUACUUCAGCAGUACAAGGAAGCUAGCAGAGAAAACCUCUAGCCCACCAAAAAUAUCCAACAACUAUGCCUUCAACUCGCAGCCCAGGGUCCCCAGAUACUCGUCUCAAUCCGAUGAGACGGAUCUUGGACACAGUAUCAAACUGCCACCGCCGUCUUACAGUAACCCACCUGUUUACCACGGGAAUUCGCCAAAGCAUGUUUCCAAUGUGGUUAAUUCGAGCUUCGCACAGUAUAAUCAUGGCAACCCAACCUACUCUCCCAGUCGAUCGUACGCCCCUAGCCUUCCAACAGAAACCUUUACUGAUCAACCACCUGUCAAUUAUUCCGUCAGUCACCAGAAUCUCACUGUGACACCUUCUAGUCGAAUAGAGGUCCUCCCUUCUGGCAACUAUGCAACCAAUCCAAAAUCGCCUCCAGGCGUCAGAUUUGUAAUGCCUCCAGUGGAUUAUUGGCAAGACCAUAGAAGGUGGCAGGAUCCUCCUCACAUGUACAGACAGGGUGUUUAUGGGCAAUCCCGGAGCCAAGAUGGUGGCCAAAGUCACCUGAAGAAAUAUAUCCCUUUCCAGUCAAUGCCUGUAAAAGAUCUUCCCACUGUUUCCGUGGAUAGCCCCAUAAGAUACAGGACUCCCCCACCCUCAGGAGAACAUGGCUCACCGCAUUAUCGAUAUCCAGGCCCCACCAAACAUUACAGAAACCAGAGCGAUGGAUUUUCAGUGCAGGAAUCAGUACUACUGUGAAAGGCUUUACGUGCCUACUGUGAAGGCCAGGAGAAAAACGUGCAAGGUUCACAACUCUCUCGGGUUGGCGGUUCAUCAAAAUCAGUAAUUUCCCCCCUCCUCCCCGCGGGACAAUUUGUAUGAGGCCUCUGUAAAGUAAUAACACUACUUCAUGACUAUGUGAAAAGUUGUCAAGAGCUGGCACUCUGUAUUGAAUGUGGAAGAUCAGGUUCUCGUGGAAGUAGCAAUAGCGUGAGAUGAUCCACGUUUAAGUAGCACAUGCCUGGGGAAGCUACCUUGGUUGCCUAAAACCUGUAUAACGCACCCCUCCCACACACACGCACACAUCUGAAAGCUGCUUUGUGAAUGACACUACAGCCAAUUGUGUUUACUUAUGGCCAGAGAAUUACAGAACCAGCCUUAGAGGGUUGUAUGUUUUUGGGCUGCAUCCACAUAGUAUUUUUUUAUUUUUUGCUAAUUUAAUUUAUAAACCACCCACUCGCUUGGGAUGGGUGGUGUUUCUUGACAUUCUUAUAUACGCUGCCUCAGUAACCCAGGAACAACAACUCUGGGCUGUUAUCCAAUGCAGUCUUGAUAGGGGAAUGCCUAGCUUGUUCCUUCGCUAGACAGGCGAGGUGAACACCCGUAGCAAAGAUGAGCCGAGAUGGCCAACAAAUGGUGCUUGUAAAAUUAGGAUGGCCCGCAACUUGUACCCUGUCUCUGGGGUGUCCGUGGAGUCCAUUAUCCAUACCCAAAGACCAUACCUAUGUUUCCCGUUUGAUAGUUAAGUUCUAUAUGUGUUUCAGUUGAGUGGGAAGAGCCGAGAUGCAACCAAAUGUUGCAUCUUCGACAACCAGUGAUCCCAGGGUGUGAAUACAGCAGCUGUGUGCGGGCACACAGAACAUAUGCCUCGAGGGGACUGGGACGAUGUCUGCUCACAAUCCUGUCUCCCUGUUUGACAGGGGGUUCCUAAGGUCUGAGCCAUACUUCGGUUUUUGUGCUUACCCGCAUACAAAAUCCAAUAAUGAUCCCUAUCCCGUAUGGCGUGGCCAUUCGAAACAUUUGCAUGGGGUGCUGGACAGUCUGUCCGCAGAUUUCUUUUGAUAUAGCCGCAGCAAAUCGGGCAUUGUUGCAGAGACAUGAGAGGGCAACAUCAAAAACAACCAGCAAAGGAAGAGAGAGAAUCUUCUUCCUUUAAGCCUAAUUCUCCUUGAGGCAGUGUCUCCUUUCUCCAUUUUUACCCUCGAUAAACGAGGGGUUGGAUCCCCUAAAACACAUUGGGAGCGUUUGUAAGGACGAGAGUUCCCACACAACAAAUUUUGAGAAGCAAAGGUAUUUUUUAUUGCUCUUGUUCACCCAGUAGCAUUUGUCUCUGCUUUUGCUUACCGUUGUUUUGAGUAUCCCAUGGGCGCAGGCAGCCAGGAACAGACGCAUUUCAUACAUCUUUUUUUUUUCAUUUCAUCAAGCCUUCUCUGGGAAUAUUUCUGGUAUGGAACAGACCGAGAACACUUGGCCCUGCAUAAUUGGUAAAUGCCCACCACAGUGCACCAGCUGUGCAUCGUGGCCUGGCGAGUGAUUUGCUCUCCACUCCCCGCUCCCCGGUUUUGCAGUCCUGGCCGACGAGAAUUGAGAGUCUUCUCAGGCCCCUAGCAAACUGCCAAAUAUGCUGGUUGGUCAUAGACAGACACAUCAACCUGAAGCCGGCUUUGAGACCCAAAUCCUCUUAAGGCCAAACCGCAGCAUUGCUAUAGUUUUCGGGAAGGCAAACGUGACCCCUGUGACUGGAGAACGGACAGGUUGCAGGGUCACAUCCUGGCUGGGUUUUUUCCGGUCUCAACACUGGGUUCAAAUCGUUUGACUCCCCCAUUUUUGUUAGACCCCGUAUUGGACGUCUCGUUUCUCUCGUGCCCGUGUCUUCGUCGUCUCGUCUGUUCGUCUUCUCGUCUGUUCCCCUAACGUUCUCCAGCGUCUCUUUUCCUCAAGAGCAGUAGACUUCUCCCCUUGAUUGGGCUAGUGCUACCGUACCCUAGGGCCCUUAAGACGUGAGUGUAGGUAUAACACGAAAGGGUGAAGUGUUCCCAUAUUGUUAAUAGGAAGCUGGCAAAUCAAUUUUAGCAAAAUGCUUCAUAAUCAGUGCCUGCAGUCAUUUUAUGUUUGUGGGCCUAUGUAUUCUUAAAUAUUUUAUCUGCUGGCAACCUGAGCAACUGAGUAAAUUAUUCGCAGAGGGUCUUGGAUUGAUUUAUAUGGGGGCAAAGGGCCCAUGCGAGCCACUUGACCCAGCGACCAUAAAUGGAUCGCUCCACCGAAGGUGAGCCGCCUGUGAUGGAACAGGGGCGCUCCUGCUGUUUCGGUGCCCCGCAGGAGCACUGGGUCAGAGCAUUCAAACACUCAUUUGAUUGCCUAAAGGAGCCACUCCGGAACAAAUAUGACUUCAGCUGGGUUUAGUAUCUUGACAAAGUUUGAGUUCUCUGCUCCAAGGAUAACACAAUAUCUUUAGUGCAGGCCUGGCAGCUGUAUCAGUUGGAAGCGGAGCGAGAUUAUUUCCGUCACCUCCCGGGUUGAUGGCUGACCUCACCCUAAACACUCUGGAUUGCAUGCAGGAGUAACAAGCCCCUUAACCCUGUAGAGACCCCCAGCAAAACACCGGUUUGCCCCUCCCCGCCCAUGGCAACUACAUCAUGGCCCGUGUUCUAGCACUGCAUCCCCCAAGCUGAAAAUAUCUGAUGGCUGGCUGGUUGGCUCCGGCUUGCAACAGAACCGAAGCUUUUAUUGGUUACUGAUUUGUUUCUUUGAAAGGGUUUGUAUGUCCGCGGGGAUGGGGAAAGAGUCAGAAGGGCAUCAAGACCGUUCCUCAUGCCUUAGCAACACGAGAAACCCUCGAAGCCGAAUACAGCCGGCAGUAUAUCAUGUUCCGUUACUGGGGACCGUCCUCCUUGCCCCAGUCUUUGCAGCCCCAGGCUGGCAAAAAGGGGGACCCUUAAUCGAGGCCCCAGUGGGCCGCCGUGGAGCCGGCUGAAUGUGUUUGCAUCAGUGCGUCCCAAAUUACGCAGGACCGCUAUGAACAAUGGUUUGGAUCUUAACAGCUUUUCUGCAGACCCAAGAGGGGCUCCUUUUGAUUCUGAAAGGGCGGUUUUGGGGGUCAUGGGACCCCUGUAGAUACAGAACCAUUAGGAAAGGGGGCUGAAAUGAGAAAGAGAAUCAGACACAAUAGUCUCUUGUGCCUCUUGCGACUGCAGAAACACUGUUUGGGUGAAACCCAAUACGUUAAUAGUGCCUAUGUUCUCUAUAUGUUGGCGCUGUUAAUAUUUUACGGUACUGAAGUCCAUUAAAAUGGGUGUGUGUGUGUGUGUGUGUUUAAAAAUAACCAGUGGCAGUAAUGUUUAGCCAACACGAUAGUUUUUGUGCGUCUAGUGAAUCCAAUGUAACUUUUAAUUAGCUUGGCAACUGACACUGUUGUUGUUGUUUUUUAACCUGCCGAACACAGCAAAACAAAUCCGAAGCCGAGUCUUGCACAAAAGAAGGAUUUAAACUGACAAACGCAAAGCUUGUCCUUUUACCUUUGAGUUCUGAUUUUACUUGCUGCGGCGUAGAAAUGUAUGUAAAUAGUCAUGUGGCGAUGUAAUAAUCCCAAAGUUUUAAACCACGGCUUUGUGAUUCAUAGAACAUAUAAUAAAAUAAAGCUGUACAAUUUACUGGAGGCAGUGAAAGGCCGCUGCUCCCGAAGUACUUAUUGAGGCUAGUAAAUACUGUAGAUUUUAUAUAUAUAUAUAUAUAUAAAAUAUAUACAUGCUAUUUUUCUUAUGUCCUCUUUGGCAGUUUUUUUUUUAAAACUGUGUUUUCCUAUUUUCAUGUGACCUGUAUUUUUAACAUGUUGAAAAUAAUUACUCUGUCAAUACUG